GCAGGGAGCAAGUAGUGAUAAUUUAUCUAUAAAUCAGACGCAGUCAUGGCAUCGGGAAUUCCAGAACGGCUAAUCAUUGGACCGAAGGAAGGAAUUUCGUAUCCUCUAAGCGUACAGUAUUGCGGCAACUGUUCCAUGCCACUGGAGUACUGCGAAUACUAUCCAGAUAGCGAAAAAUGCAAACAGUGGCUAGAAAGGAAUCUACCAGACGAAUUCGAGCGAAUGAAGGUGGGGGCUGUGAGCACUGGAGACGGAAGUAACACUGUAGCUAGUUCUGCUACCGGUGCCACAGCCGAGCCUGCCGAUGCAGACGAAGAGAAAAAACGCCAAAAACGUGGUGGUAAAGGCAUCCUGAAGACCAAAAAGGCCAAGGACGAUACCCCUAAAAAGGUGUGUCUGUCGAGGUCGGCGAGAGGCAAAAGGAAGUCCGUAACCGUUGUGACCGGUUUGGCUACGUUCGAUAUUGAUCUGAAGCUAGCAGCCAAGUUCUUCGGUACCAAAUUUGCGUGUGGUUCGUCUGUUACCGGAGAUGAUGAGAUCGUAAUUCAGGGUGAUGUUAAAGAUGAACUUUUCGAUAUCAUCCCGGAAAAAUGGCCCGAAAUCGAUGAGGAUUCUAUUGAUGAUCUCGGUGACCAGAAGCGUUAAAACUCCGCCGAGGGACUGUCAAUCUCGCGACAAACAUAUUCGUUGGGUGUGAUAAUA